AUGAAAUUAAUUGCCAUUUUGUUGCUUAUUACUAUAACUACCGCCAACGUGUUUAAAGGUUUCAAAUUGAAAGAUACAACCUGCAAUGCAAACGUUUGUACAGAAGCUGCUGAAGCUAUGUAUAAAAAAUGUGGCACAACCGAUACUGAAAGUAACUAUGCAUGUGUUUGUAAGAUGCCUAAUUCUUUCUUUGCGGAUAUGAUUUCUUGCUAUAAAAGUUGUGGAAUUAUUGGAGAUUCUGAUGCUUAUACAGUAGCGAAUUUCAAAAGUGAAGUAUGUAAAUUGGCAAGGUCAUCAUCAUCUUCAAGCAAAUCCAGUACCAAGUCAAGUUCGUCAUCUACAAGUCCAAAUACUUCUGAGAGAGAAGAGGCUGUUUCUAAUAUUGCUUCAUCUGGUAGUAUUGUUUCCUUUGUAGGAUUAAUUGCUGCCAUGUUGAUUUAA